AUGUCGCUUCCGCUGAAUGUCAUCCAGCUUGAGUGUGAAGCCGGGAGGUUUGAAAAAAAUGUGUGGACUAUGCUCGAUGAAUCAAUAAAUAAUCUUCGACGAAGCGAUGGUUCAUUUUCUCUAUUUAUGAUCUACCGGCCUUCUGAAACAAUUGUAGAUGGAAAAGAGCUCACGUUUCCGAUUUUGGGUUUAAUUCCAUUCCGAAAUGAAAGAGAUCCAAUGAACCUGGUUAGAAAUCAUGAAGAACGUGAAAUAUAUCCAUUGAUUCAAAAACUGGAAUAUCCUUCGAUCCCUUCGAUCGUGGGAGCGGGAAAAACGAUUGAUCAAGCACGUAUAAAUUUCGGUGAUACGAUAGAAAUCCAUUUCGAGACCAUUCCAUAUUUGAUCUAUCGAAUGAGAAUUCGGGAUAAAAUUGCUUCACAAUGGGUCAGUUGCGGAGUGGAAGGGAAUAUCGAUUAUUACAUCUGUUUUGCACAUCCGAAGAAACUGUUGCACUUUUUGGGUGAAAAAGAAAAAUCGCUUUAUGAACUGACUCAACAACGCUUUGGAAUUUUAGAUGAAAGUAUAUGUUGCAUUUGUAGUGAGAAUUUGAUUGACCACUCCUACAAGUGUGGUCACAUGGUUUGUUAUAAAUGUUUGCCCCGCCUACAAGGAAAAUGUCCAAACUGUCAACGGCAUGGUAGCAUCUAUACUUCUUGUUGUGUGAUCGAUGGUUGUUAUUUGGAGAAAGAGGGCAAACCUUUUUGUGCACAUCCAUGCGGGUGCGUCUAUGGACAAUGUUUACCCACAGGGAAAAUUAAUAAGACGUAUUGGGCAUUCGAAGAUAAAGAUGAAAAAAGCAAUCGUUGGAAGCUCAAGGCAGAUCCGCAAACCGGCUUGCAUCCCGAAUGUCUUCGCUGUAAAAGAUGUGUUUUAGAAUUGAUCAGACUGUAUUGGCGUGUUAGAUGGCAGACGCGAGUGUUUUUAUUCAAAGCUGGUGUCGUCAAGAAACCGCCGGAGAUUUCGCCGUUGCAAUGGUUGGCGGCACCUAAACAAGUUCGGAUUCCUUCUUCUUUACUUGACGAUUUAAAUGAAACCGAAAAAUUACGAUGUCGAAGCGUGGAGCGGGAGGUUCAAUUAAUAUCGCAGCUGUCACCAUUGUUUCCGUCAAGUCUCUUACUGCAGGAUUGGCGGUUUUUAAUAGAAUGCCAAAAUAUUAAGCAACGAUUGGAACAUUUGAAAUUCUUGAAAAAGCUGGAAAAUGAAAAAACUAAAACGAGGAAAGCCCAAAAAUCGAUCGAUUCGUCAUCGAAAGUGAUAUUUAUGAAGGAUGAUUGUCAACUGCUUUCAAUACCCGGAUUUGCACUCAAACGAUGGGAAAAUAAGAUUUCCGGUGCUCGGCAACUUAUUCCAUUUCGUCUAGAUGAACAUCCGAAGCUUGUUGUCGAUUGUCGUUAUUUUCCGCUACUUUCACCGCGGGGUGCAAACUUGACUGCUAUGCAGUUGCAAUAUCUGAUCUCUGCAAACAAGACAUUACAGCACCCUUGGCCACUCUAUUUUAUGAAUUGGGGGAACGAUAAAAGGUUUUUGGAUCUUCAAGAGAAGCACCUUGCCAGUUUCUUUACAAAGGAUCAAAUAAAUGUCAUCGUUUCUGAGUCAAGUUAUGUGGACGUGCUUCCAAAGCAAAAUUUGAUAUAUUUAAGUCCAGACGCUGAUGAGGAGCUAACUCAAAUCAACUCGAAAGAUAUCUUUGUGUUAGGAGGAAUUGUGGACCGAACUGUGGAAAAGAACUUGCAUCCACAAGCCUCUAAACAAACAGCAUUACAAGAUGGCAUUCUUUGUAAAAAGCUUCCGUUAGAUCGGUAUAUCACAUGGAAAAGUGGCUCAAAGUUUCUUACUCUUCUCGCAGUUCAAGGAAUAUUACACGAUGUCUACGAAAAUGGAGCGAUAUCGAUGAGUCUGGAUUCUGGUGGUGAUAGUGGUUCGUUUGGCUCUUCGUAUUCACAGGACUUCAAAAACAACUUUCUUCUGGAAAAUGGGAAUGCCAAAAUGCUUUUAAAUGGGAAAACAAAUGGUUUGUCUGAAGAAAGCCAUUAUUCUUUGUGCAAUGAAGACAACGAACUGAUCGAUGUCAAACCAAUUUACCUGGUUAAUAAGGAACAAUCCAAUGAAGCAAGCCAACUUCAAUUGCCAUCUGGCUCAUACGACGAGGAUGAUUGGAUGGAUGAAGUCGACGUUUCUCGUUUUAGCGAUCUAGCUGCAUCUGGAUUUGAGAUGAUUGAUCGUUCCGAUUCAAAAACUCAUGGGCCUUCAACAAAUGGGCGAUGUUUUCCUAAACCCAACUAUUCUUAUUCUUGCUUAAUUGCUCUGGCUUUGAAAAACAGCCGUACCGGACGUCUUACAGUUUCAGAAAUUUACGCAUUUAUGUGUGAAAAUUUCCCAUAUUUCAAGACUGCUCCAUCUGGUUGGAAAAAUUCAGUGCGUCACAAUCUGUCUCUAAACAAGUGUUUUAUGAAAAUUGAAGUUGAAACUCCCGGAGUGCAGGGCCGAAAGUCUUGUUUGUGGAUGAUUAGACCAGAAAAAGCUGCAAAAAUGGAAGCAGAUUUGCAAAGAUGGCGCGAUAAAGACGCUGGAAAUAUUGAGGAAGCAAUUAGACGACCUGAAGAUAUUGAUGCUGUGCACGAGGGGCGACGAGGAGUUCCCCGAGAAGAUCGCUCAUUACGCACCAUUGAGAAUACAAUCUAUCCAGCGAUGAAAAAUGUGUUGAUUGUACAAAGUGGAAAUGGAAUCGCCACCACCCACGGUCACGCUAUUGAAGCAUUAGAUGCUACAGGUCAUAUUGAAUCACCUCGACGCACCGUUCCACAUGCAUCCUCUCAUCCUGGUCCCAGCCGACCUGUCCUGGAUUUGAAUGAUCGCGUCGGAAUUGGAUUCCCGGAGACAAAGGUCCAAAAUAAGACAACCAUCACAUUUCCUGUACGUGUUUCGGCUAGAGACGACCGUGGACUGAUCGCGGCCACAAGUUCGACUGCAAGGCAACAAAAUCUCAGUCAUAAACCAAAUAUUCUGAGGAGGUCGACCAAUGCUCCGCUAAUGCUUCAACCGCAACCUCGCCUUGCGAGCUCCAAGACGCCAGUAAAAAGCCUCAGCGAACUUCUACCACUUGAUUACAUAUCGAAAUUGGAGAUUACGCCAACGAAAGAAGAAAACUCGCCAGAGAGGGACUUUCUGUGCUCGUUUCGUUCAAAUGUUGAAGAAUCACCGGUGCGUACACUCUUCUCUUCAUAUGAAGCUGCUCAUGCAGCACUCACAAACAAUUCACUUUUAAACUGUGCUCUUGAACAAAGCCCCUAUAAAGAUAUGAAUCCAUUACCCGAAAGUUUACUCCAAUAUCAUCAAGCGAAGGCUCCGCCAUCAAUUUACUACAUCCCAGAGUUCAUAACUGAACACGAUGAGGAGGUUCUCUUAAAAGAGGUUUAUCAAGCUCCUAAGCCUAAAUGGGAGGUUCUAUCAAAUCGGCGUUUGUUGAAUUAUGGUGGCAUUGUGGGAAAGAAAGGAUUAAUACCGAUGAACGACUUUCCAACGGAGUUGACCAAAACAAUACGGAUGAUCGACAAGUUACAAGCCUUUCCAUCGACACCAAAUCACUGUUUAGUCAACGAAUAUACACCAGGUCAAGGAAUUAUGGCGCAUACUGACGGCCCAGCAUUUUAUCCACUUAUUUCGACGAUUACUCUUGGAAGUCACACCGUUCUCAAUCUAUAUGAUUCAUUUCCUUCUGAGAAUGAAGCCACUGAAAAAGAGCAAUUUCGAGCGCUUGAAACCCGCUAUCGAGGCUCUAUGUUAUUGGAAAGAAGAAGUCUCGUUUUUAUUACCGACGAUGCGUACAGUAAAAUGUUGCAUGGCAUAAAUGAAGUUACAGAGGAUGUUUUAAAUGAAAAGACAUGGAACGUAUUGCCAGAACGUUUCGGCGAAAGAAUGACGAGAAAAACACGUGUAUCACUUACUAUACGAUAUGUGCCGAAGGUUUCACGGAAUGCAGCUCUGUCGAUGUUGUCAAAA